AUGGCCUUCAAGGGAACGUCUCGUCGUACGAGAAAUGCGCUAGAGCUAGAAGUGGAAAAUAUCGGAGCUCAUCUAAAUGCGUACACUUCACGUGAACAGACUGUUUACUACGCUAAAUGUUUCUCUACUGAUCUUGAGCAAUUUUGCGACUGCUCCAUAAGAAGUGUCAUGUUCAGCUCUAUUAAACGGAAUGAUCUCACGGAAUAUAUUCAAACCCAUUAUCGGUCAGGACGCAUGGUACUAAGCGCUGCAGGAGGUGUACGCCAUGAUGAAGUUGUACGAUUAGCCGAGAAGUAUUUUGGUGGUCUCAAUCAUGGAGAUGCGUCGGCUAAUUUCCACCCAGCGGUGUACAAACCUUGCCAGAUACAUUUACCAGUAGAUGGAAUGGAUUCUAUCUAUGGUGCAAUUGUGGUUGAGGGUGUUUCGUGGACACAUGAAGACAACCUGGCGCUGAUGGUGGCGAAUACUCUUAUUGGUGAAUGGGAUAGGAGUCGCGGCUUUGGUGUGAACGCUCCGUCGCGGCUAGCUGUCCGCCUUGGUCGAAACGCUGGUGUGCAGUCAUUCCAGGCCUUCAACACUUGUUAUAAGGGAACGUCUCGUCGUACGAGAAAUGCGCUAGAGCUAGAAGUGGAAAAUAUCGGAGCUCAUCUAAAUGCGUACACUUCACGUGAACAGACUGUUUACUACGCUAAAUGUUUCUCUACUGAUCUUGAGCAAUGUGACCGUCGACAUUCUCUCGACAUUUUGCUAAAUAGCAAUUUGAAUCCUCGUGAUAUCGAAGCAGAGCGUAGCGUAAUUUUACGGGAAAUGCAAGAAGUGGAGCAAAACUUUCAGGAAGUUGUUUUCGAUCAUCUUCAUACAGGUGUGUUCGCGGGUAAUCCGCUGUCAAUGACUAUACUUGGUCCUGUAGAGAAUAUCAAGUAA